ACAUAAUACCUGCUCCAGAGGGCCACAAUAGAUUGGUGUGACAGAGGAAGUUUCAAAAGGUUCCAUGGAAUCUGUGCGCCUUCUUCGAUUGACGAGUCGAGUUUGGCUUCACAAGUUUGCCCUCGUGUUCCUUACCAUCGUGUUCCUCACUCUCAUCUUCAAAGCCCUGAAGAGUUCCAAACAAACGGCUUCUCAGAACGUCUCAAACGAACGUUACGACGGCGAAAAAGACGACGAGGAUGAGCAUGGUCUUGCCGAAGCCACCUCUUCCGAGAACUAUGGUGUGUGCCAACAGCCCAAUGAGGUGGGGAACAUGUUCCAGGAGUGGAGCAAGACUAACCAAACGCCAUUGAUCAUCAUCACGCCCACCUACGAGCGAUCCGAACAAACAGCCGAGUUGACACGUUUGUCGCAAACUUUGCAGCUCCUCAUUUGGGCCCAGAUGCCUUUGAUUUGGAUUAUCGCCCACGAUUCCAGGGUUUGCCACGAGAAUGUCAGGGCUCUUAUUGACAGAAAACUUGGAUCUAAUCCCUUUGGGAACAGAUUUGAUGAGGCUCAGAAGAAUUACAAUCGCCCUCUCGUUGGAACGCGUCUCCCGGUGACAAUUUUGAGCGCACCGAUGCCUUCGGCAUUCCGAGAUCCCGAGCGAGUUCGACGAUUCGGUCUGCCCAGAGGCGUGGCUGGACGAAGGGCGGCCCUGAGUUGGCUCAUCAAACACACUCGAGCCAAUGAUCCCGGGGUCAUUUAUUUCGCCGACGAUGAUAAUGUGUACGAUCUCGAGGUUUUCGAGGAGAUUUCCAAGACCCAUCGUUUGUCCAUGUUUCCAGUGGGUCUCUUACAGCCUUCAGGGGUGCGAGGUCCUAUUGUGGAUGUCCAUGGACGAGUCAUCGGGUUUCUAGGGGGUCGGAGACCGUUCCGGAUGUUCCCCGUGGAUAUGGCGGGUUUUGCAUUCUCCUUGGCAUUACUGCAUCAGAAAAGGCCUCUGAUGCCAUUUCGAGCAACGAUGGAGGAAGAGGGCUUCUUAAGAGCUUUGGGAGUCGAUUAUGGGGGUAUCGAGCCAUUGGCCAAUAACUGCACCCGAAUCUUGGUGUGGCACACAAUGACAGCCGCUCCCCAAGUGAACUCUUUCCAAAUUCCAAACCCAAGCGGAUACUCAGACACGAACCUGCCUCUUUUGGCUCAAAACAUGGUUGAGCAAGGCCUCAUAAAGGCCGCCAAAGGCUGGUUCAGUCAUGAUAUUCCAACUUGCCUGGGCCAGACUUGCUACACCUAAUUUUCUCUUACCUGAGAC